GCCCUCAUGGGACCCCUGAGCAGGGCACAGUGGAGAAGAGGAGGUGAGGACUGGUGGGACCCUGGCCCUUGGGCCGCCAAGUGACAGCGAAAAGACAGUUUGAGAGGAAGGGACUGGCCGGCACCUCAGCCUUUUUAUGCCAUCUGGUGGUAACAAGAAAGAAACACAAGUGACAGGAAAAGAGUAGCAGCAACUGCUGUCACCAACUCUGGCCAACAGGUGGCCCUACCCCAGGUUAGCCUCACCCACUCUGCCCCAGUGCCCUUGAUCCUGCCUCUGCCACGCCUCCCUGCCAGGGCUGGCUCCUCCCCCUCCGGAGUGCUGGGCUGGGCCUGAGUGACUUCCUAGGCCACAGUGCUAUGCAGGGCCACAGUGGCUAGGGCCAGGCUCAGGCUGCAGAGACCGAUUUUCCAGCCCCAAGGCCAAGGCCAGGCCUUCCCAGCCUGGCACCCAGCCCGACUCUGGGGCCUCCCUCCGCCACCCCCUUCUCCUCGAGGAGUGCACUUUUUCCACUCAGCUGGGGCCCCGGAAAGGACGAAUGUGGGUCUGAAGGACGAUGACGCCCUGCCGCGGCUGAGGACUGUCCACUGAGGAAAGCAAGUGACAGUCCAGUAGCCCAACAUCCUGGGGCACAAACACUGCUUAAGUACUGGUCCAAGAACAUAGAGUCACCCUGCCUGUGCCCCAGGUCACCUUGCAUAAAAGAGAGCUCAUCACCUUCUAGGACAAUUGUGGGAACUGAACGAGACAAGACACCAAGCAGUGACCACAGGUCCCAGCAGCCAGGGACAGCCCAGUGAGAUGCUAUGCCUUUGUCUCCGCCACUGGCCUCCCAGACUGAAGCGAGACUGCCAUAGUGCUGUCUCACUGGGCUGUGCGACUCUAGGUCAGGCACUUCCCUCUCCAGGUUCUGACUGUUCCCGUGUCUACGGAGAGCUGGGUGCUUAAACCCAGCAAGUCCUUGCUGGGCUGCCUUGGAAGUCACGGGGACUUGGGUCAUUUCCGAUACCCAUGGCAAAAGACAGGGCCUCCCUCAAGGUCACCAGGGACCUGAAAGGGCUAUGGGGACGGAAAGGGGGCAGUGACGGAUGCCAGUGCCGAGCUGCACAGACUCUGCGGCUGCCUGGAGCUGCUGCUGCAGACACAAGCUCUAUGAUGUCACUGCCGUGUCCAUGCUUGGAACAGGACCUGGCACCCAGUGAGUGCCCAUUUGAGCAGAGGGAACAGAGGAGCUUCCUGGGGCCGCGGAAGGAUUACUGGGACUUCCUCUGCGCGGCCCUGCAGCGGCAGCAAGGAGACAUGGAGAAGGUCCGCUUGGUCUCCUCACAGGACAAGCUGAAGACCUCUCUGGGCAAAGGUCGUGCCUUUCUCCGUUGCUGCCUGGCCCGAGGGCAGCUGGCUGAGUCCCUGCAGCUCUGCCUCCUGAACCCCGAGCUCACCAGGGAAUGGUACCGGCCCCGGAGCCCUCUGCUGUGCCCUGAACUCCAGGAGGACAUCCUGGACUCUCUCUAUGCUCUCAAUGGGGUGACCUUCAACUUGGACCUGCAGCGGCCAGACUUGGAUGAGGCCUGGCCCAUGUUCUCAGAGUCCCCCUGUUCCAAUGCUAGCCAGACCCACGGAAGAAGACCCAGAAAGAUCAAGAAGCCCCCAAAGAAGGAAAAGAACAGAGAAGAUUCCAGGAGCCUUGGUUCCCCUCAGAGCCUUAGGGAACCAAAGGAGCUUCAGCUAGACCAGGAAGAGAAAACCCUGAGAACUAAGAGACUCUUGGAGAAUUCAACAGGCAGCAUCCAGCAACAGAAGGAAGGGGCAAAGGAGGCCCAGAAGGAAAAACCUAAAACAGAGGCUGAAAACAGAGGGGUUCUGCCAGGUCCAAAGGGUCAGGGAACAGAGGGGUCUCCUGGAAAAGAGGCAGAGCGGGACCAUGGCCAGGCGCCACUGGCUUCCAGCCCCAGAGAACCAAUAGAGGAGGCCACGUCAGAGAACAGGCAAGGGCAGGAGGUGUCUACCAUUCUGGGGGAGUCCUGGGUCCUCCAGGACCUGGGGGAAAAGAAAGUCUUCAUCACAGAACAGCCACAAGAACAAACAGAAGUGACUGGUGUUGCCAGGAAAGAGGAGCAAGCAGAAGUGUGCUUGCAGGACAUGGUGAAGACCCUCAGACAUGGGCUCCGGAAGGCGGAGGAGCAGGCCCAGCGCCAGGAGCAGCUGCUAAGAGCUCGGGAUGGUGAGCUGCAGACGCUUCAGAAGCAGCUCCACAGGUGUGAGGAAGUGAGAGCCCAGCUGCAGGCAGAGCUGAGGCAGAAGCAACAGGAGGCCGACAGGAGGGAAGCCAUGUAUGAGGAAGAGCGUGGAGGGCAUCGGGACCUGAUCCAGGCCAUGAAGAGAAGGAUGCUGGAACUGAUUCAGGAAAAGGACCGCCAGUGGCAGAGGCUCCAGCAGCUCUCAGACUUGGUCCCUCGCUGCUGCCUGGGCUGUAGCAAGGUCUUCGGCAGACUGUCCCGGAGGUACCCGUGCAGGCGCUGCGGAGGCCUGGUUUGCCAUUCCUGCUCUGCAGAUUACAAGAAGAGAGAGUGCUGCUGCCCGUACUGUGCCCAGGGAGAAGCCCAGGUCACCUGACCACGACUGGCCCGGGCCUCCCACCGGUGGAAGAGCAGGGUGUCAGCUGCGCUCUCUAAUAUGAGGGCUGCGGGCCUCAGCCGCUCUGUAAAAUUCCUCAAGCUUAGUAAAUGCACGACCGUGAACUGCCCGGGCUGUGCGGCUCCUCCACUCUCCCUUCUCACCCAGCUGCGUGCCCGCUGCACAGCCGCCACAACGGCACAGCCUGCACAUGCGCAGGCCUUCAGUCGCGGCCCACGGAAUCCUUAUUUCCCGAUCUGUAUUUUAUUGGUUUUGUUUAGUUUUGCUCUGCUUCCCUCUCAGUUGGCUUACUGCGGUGCUAUUGACAUACAGUAAACGUUACAUAAAUUUGCUGAGUUCUGACUUAAUACUGUGAAGCCCUCAGUUAGAUUCAUGCCCAUCCCUCAGCCCAAGGGCUCCUUGUCCCUUUUGGAAUCUUCCUCGCUCCAUGUCCAGGCCACCACUGACCCUGCUUCCUGUCACCAUAGACAAAUGUGCACUUUCUGGAAUUGCACAGAAAUAAAAUCGUACAGUAGAAACUC